AGAAAUAUGUACCAUCCCCUUUACUCUACUCUAAAUCAGCAACACUAUUGCAGUCCUUGAUCUACUUCUCGUUCCAAGCAACUGCUUGACUUUCGACGUCGAUUGCCAAGAUUCAUGCAUGAAAUUCGAGGCCGACUCUUCUAAAAGGGAAAGGAUUUCCACUCAAGUGUGAACGUCUCGGCAAUUGGAGCUAAUUGAGAUUGAAGGACGUCCCCAUUGCUGUUCUUCUCUCAGCUCUUUUGAGUGAUGACAACGUGCAUCUAUUUCAGUUGUCAUCGAAGUGCAGUUGACACCUGGCCAACAAAGGGAGGAUCAUCAUAUCCCUAGGCCAAGGGACAGUUUCGGAGGCGUUGUAAGACAAUUCACAAAAAAAUGACACGGCGAGAAGGACCUGAGACUCCUCGAACGCGCCAUUGGGAAUCCCAGGAUUUCACUGUCAGUAAGGUAGUGCUCCAGGAAGGAAAUCUACACCAAGAUCUUCCCCGAUUUGGUGCCAACUUGGAAGUGAAGUUGGCAGAUAUCUCUGUCAGUGGGAUCACUUUGAGUGAACUCACUCACGACUUCUUCUUCUCUAAGUUCUUCAAUACCAAUCACUCCGGACAAAUCUUGUUGGGUGAUUCGGAUAGUGAGAUUGAUCGUUGUCUUGAGAAGUGUUUGUCCUCCAUGUAUCCGGGUGAACGGUGUCAAGCCGCUAUGCGGAUUCACUUUGAUAUUCAGAAGAACAAACGUGAACCCGUGGAAUUAAAGGAAGUUUGGGUGGACAUUGAGUGUCAGGUGCAUUUGGAGUCGGUUCUCAAUGCUCAGCCUUUGGAUAAAUGGCAUGCAGAGACCAAGCUAGAGAAGGCCAAGGAGAUCAAUGAGGCUGCGGUGCGACUAUUUAAGACUCAAAGAUACCUGGAUGCAUUCUAUCAGUUUCGAUCAGCCAUGCGGUUAGUGGUCUUUGUCCUCGAGGACAAACCCGAGGUGGCAGAGUCUCUACGAAAAGAGGCCAUGGAUAUGAAGCUUUCAUGUUAUUCAAAUAUCGCUGCGUGCCAAUUUCAAUGGAAAAAUUUCGGUUAUGUGAUUCAAAUUGGAGGAAAAGUCCUGGAACAUCAGCCCCAGAACGUGAAGAUGUUGUAUCGUCGGGGGGUGUCGUACUUGGAACGGAAAGAGUUUCCGGAAGCCAAAUCUGAUCUGAGUGAGGCCCACAAGCUAGAUCCAUCCAACAAGGCCAUUAAUGAUAAGCUGGGCCAAUUAAGAAUCCUUGAGAAGAAACACACCCAACACUUGGCCAACAACAUGAAGAAAAUGUUUGGCUAAUGACAUUUACUCCUGAUAUCAUUGUACUCAAACAGUAUUGAUGGAUUCCGUUCGAUCAAGUUGGUGUAGUUUGUCAAAUAAUUGCCAACAAAUAAUCGAAUUAUAAGGUUUUAUUCAUU